AUGGCAACAAGAAGAAAGGUGGCCAAUGGCACCUUCGACGCCAACGGUACCAUCAACCACCCCUCAAGAGAUGCCGCAUUAGAUACACCAGUGGAAGAUCAGAGCAGCUCAGCGAUUGUCGACAUCCUCCAGAUCUACCUGCCCACAUUCACCCUCAUCUUCGGCGGAUGCUGCUCCAAUGUGUACGCCCUCGAAGCCCUGGUCAAGCUGUCCCCCGGGUGCGGCUCCCUCAUCACCUUCCUUCAAUUCGCUCUGACCUCUCUCCUGACUCUGCCAUCCAACGUAUCUCUUCGCGAUCCUUCUUCCUGGCGCCGCGCCUUCCUUCGAAAGCGACACAUCCCACUGCGCGCAUGGGUGAUAUACACGGCCCUCUUCCUCACAAUCAACAUUCUCAACAAUAAAGCCUUCUCUUACCGUAUCUCCGUGCCUCUACACAUUAUCCUCCGUUCCGCCGGACCCGUGACGACGAUGCUCGUGUUUUACAUCUGGUCCGGUCGCCGUUACCCGCCUGUCAAGAUCUUUGCUGUACUGCUCCUCUUCGUGGGCGUUGUGGUCGCUGCCGUGUCCGAUGCCUACUCGAAAACGCCCGAGAAAUUCAAUGUCGAAAUCACCAGCGCGGAAAUAGAGUCGUCCAUGUCGAAGCUCCCACUACCAGUCCCUUCGUCAGAGGUCCUGCGGGAGCAAGCACCAGGCUUCGUCCUCUUAGCCGCCGCUCUCCUCCUGGCAGCAAUUUUGGGCGUGUACAGCGACGGACUAUACGCAAGGUACGGUCGCGGCGCAGGCGUUACGUCCGAGUCACUCUUCUACAGCCACACGCUGUCACUGCCGUACUUCGCUUUCCAGACAUCAGCCCUGAGCACCGCCUUCGUCAACUUAACAGCAACCUCCGCACCGCUAUCCACGUCCCUCGCGACAGGACCGAUCAGCAAGCUGCCCUCCGUCUUGAGCUCUAUCCCUACAGCGAUUCCACUGUUGCUCCUCAAUGCCCUUACCCAAUACAUCUGCAUCAACGGUGUCAACAGACUGAGUGCGAAAUCCAGUAGUUUGACGGUCAGCAUCGUGCUCAACAUACGGAAGCUAGCUAGCCUCCUACUAUCGAUAUGGCUGUUCGGUAACAAGUUGCCUGAAGGCGUCGUGGUUGGGGCAGCUUUAGUCUUUCUAGGUGGUGGCCUGUAUGCCGUUCCUUCCGGGCAGAAGACAAUCUCGGCCGAGAAGAAAAAGGAGUGA